CAUCAAUAAAUAAAUAUUCAUGGGAGAUUAAUCACUUAAAGGAACAAAUUGGGGAAGAAUCAAUAUUGAUGAAAAGAAUUUGAGCUUAUCUCAUCUGUCUUAUAAUGUUAUUAAAUUCCCUCUCAAAAGGAUUGUUAAUUCUAAUAUUUAAAAGAAUGAUAUAGUUCUUCAAUUAAACACUGAGGAAUGUGCAGAAAAGUAUUUAAUUGAUUUUUAUUGUAUUUUUAGUGAAGAUAUGUUAUGCGAAGUGAGAUUUUAUAUUCCUCCAAAAGAAUAAGUAUUUAAAUAUAUAAAUAAUUUAGAAAGGUGAAAAGAAGAAGUAAGAAUCAAAUGAAGAUGACUUGGAUGAAAUUUCUUAUCUCUAAUAAGUUUAGAAAGAGAUUGUAAAAAAGGCAAAAAUAGGAGGUAGUAGUGAUUCAAUUCUUACAAUCCAUGAAGUUCCAUUAAUUGUUCCAAGAGGAAAAUAUACAAUGGACUUCUUUAAGAAAGAUAUUCGUUUUCAUGGAAAUACCUAUUAAUUCACUACUGAUUAUAAAAGUAUUACUAGAUUCUUCUUACUUCCUAUGCCAGAUGAAGUUAAUCUAUCAUUAGUUGUAGGUCUUGAAAAUCCUAUUAAAUAAGGAUAAACUGCAUAUAAUUACAUAGUUAUGUAAUUCAAAAAAGAUUUAGAAACAGAGAUUGAUAUGAAAUAUACUAGAGAAUAAUUAGAUAAUUUAGGAUGGAAAGGUAUUAGAUUAGAAUAUUCUGGUUCAAUGUUUGAUAUUGUAUGUGAGAUUCUUUCAGAAAUUACUGGAAUUAAAGUAGUAUCACCUAAGAAUUUCAAAUGCAAAAAUGGUUUAUCAUGUUUAAGAUGUUCAGUUGUACCUCAUUCAGGUUUUCUAUAUCCAUUAGAAAAAUCAUUACUUUAUAUUCAAAAACCAGUAAUUUAUAUUAAACAUGAUGAUAUUAAAGAAAUUGUAUUGCAAAGAGUAUAUUGUUUGUUUUUUAUUUUUAGAUUACUUAAACUACAUAAAAUAAAUUCUUUGAUAUUAAAAUUGUUACUAAAAAUACUUAGUAUUUAUUUUCUACUGUUGAUAGAGAAGAAUUGGAUAAUUUAUCUUAAUAUUUUAAUACUAAAAAAUUAUAAGUUAAAAAAAUUUAAGAAGAAAAUGAAGGUAUCAAUAAAGCUUUAGAUGAAAGUGAUGAAGCAAGCCAAUAAAAUGGAAAUAAUCAUAAAACUACAUUAUCAGAAAUGGAUUCAGAUGAAGAUGAUGAAGAUUUUUAAGUUUAAGAUGAUUCAUACAAUAGUGUCUAAUUUUAAUAAAAAGUUCAAAAAACAAGAGCUGUCAACAAUAAAUGA